AUGGUUACGAAGGAGCAAUUGCUGCCGGUCUUAGCAAAGGCCGGCCUCAAACUUUCCGAAUCAGACCUUGAAGACUAUACGACACUCAUUUCUGGCCUGGACGACGCCAUCGCAAGCCUGCCGGAUGCCAGGAACGUCCUCCCACGCCCCGACUUAUCCAGGUAUCCCAGAGCAGAUAUCCAUAUUCCCGAGGACGCGGAGUCGGGUGCGUGGGCAAUUAAGGUGACGGUUAAAUGCACAAGCCCCUCGAGCAACCUAUUACAUGGCAAGACGGUAGCUCUCAAAGAUAACAUGGCACUGGCUGGCGUGCGCUGCACGAACGGUACAGCCAUGGUAGAAUGGGUUCCGGAGGUCGAUGCUACCGUUGUCACAAGGGUUUUAGACGCUGGCGCAACAAUUGUCGGCAAAGCUGCAUGUGAGAAUUCUUGCCUUGAGGGGAUGUCUGCAACGGCAGUAACAGGACAGGUUCAUAACCCAUAUGCAAAGGGUUAUAGUGCGGGCGGUUCAAGCAGUGGCUCGGGACGCCUUGUUGCAACCGGAUCUGUUGACUUAGCCUUUGGUUGUGACCAGGGCGGCAGUAUUCGGAUCCCUGCUUCGUCAUGUGGGGUCAUCGGCCUCAAGCCAACCUGGGGACUGGUACCAUAUACUGGAAUUCUCAGUCUCGAUGCGACCAUUGACCAUGUCGGGCCGAUGGCAAGAACUGUGCGCGAUACGGCCCUAUUUCUGGAGGCGAUCGCGGGGCCGGAUGGUUGGGAUGAUCGCCAGUCGGCUUUAGGUCUCCAGGGAGACCGGCUAAAAUUUGUCACCCAUGUUGACGAGGUAACUUCGAGAGAAAGGUUCAAGAUGCUGCAAGGUAUUAAGGUUGGGGUGCUGAACGAAAGUUUUGAGAUCCCGGGACAGGACCCUAACGUUGUUGCGUCUGUCAAAUCGGCUAUCGAGGGCCUCAAGACGCUUGGGGCGACCGUAGAACCUGCGUCAGUGCCUUUACAUAAGGGGGCACCUUUGCUCUGGACUUGCGGUCUUCCUUUAGCGGGAGCUCGCCAAUCCCUACUUGGAGACAUGGACGGAAGGAAGCAACUUUACAUGACGGACAGAGCCGAGUUGGUCGGCUCGCGACUAACUCAGCGCCAGUUCGAUGCCCUUGGCCCAGGGGCAUCGAAUGUCUAUAUAAGCUAUCUAUGGGUUCAGGAGACAUAUGGUGCGAAAUUGCACGGGCAGGUCAUGAAUCUGCUAAAAGCAACUAGUGACGCCUAUGACAAAGCCCUGGAUAAGUUCGAUGUGUUGGUAAUGCCAACGUUGCCGUACCCACCGCCUCAACUACCGAAAAUCGGGUCAGAAGAAGGACCUCUCAAGUUCCUGGCUAGGACUGUUGGUCUAAUUGCCAAUACCUGUCCCUUUAAUAAUUCUGGGCACCCGGCCCUUUCCUUACCCGUCGGUCUCGUCCCCGCUCGGGAAGAUCCGAGUAUACGACUCCCUACGGCAAUGCAAAUCGUCGGACGCAAGUACUCGGACGUUGACUGCCUCAAGGUUGCGGCUGCGUGGGAAAAAGCAUAUGACUGGAAGACGUUUUGA